UUGAUCACUACUUCCAAUCGAUCUAUUGAUCGCGAAGCUUACAUCCGGGGCUUCUUUCAGGCCAGAACAGAAUUCACGCUCAGAGUCUCCAUCACCGACUCUGGUCAGCCACGACUUUCGAAUUUGGUAACUGUAUUUGUUACCAUACUUGAUGAAAACGACAACUCGCCAUUGUUUGUAUUCACUGCACCGGUAUCUUCUGCUUCGGAACCGCAUUACCACUUUCUUGCAUUUGAAAAGCAGCCUUCAGGUAAACCAGAAAAAGGUUACUAG